AACUAAGUGACUCAUUCUGUCUCACACCUUGAACACAGUAAAGCUUACAGCUCACUAACUGCAGCGGACAGCGAAGUGGGACAAAUAAAGAGACCAACUGAUCCUUAACUAAAGGAAUUUUCUACAAAGGGAAAAUUUAUUCUUCCAGGAGAAGAACUGCUGGACUUGGACUCAAAGACAGAAGUUUUUUUUUUUCAUUUAUUUAUUUUUAAUUUUUAUUUUACAUAUGUGUAGUUUUGACCUACUUAGUCCCAGAUCUAGUUUGGUUCCUUGUUCUUGAGGAAAUAACCCAAACACUUUGGAGAGCGUCUCAGGCUUCACUUGAUCAUUUGUUGUGAGGAUUUUGCCAAUGACAAUGCCGGUGGUCAAAGUGGAGAAAGAGUCUCCAGCAGACACCACGUUGCUUUCCUCCAACCCUUCGCCAAACACAGAGGAGCAGCAGCCCCGGGGCAGGAGGAGAAAGAGACCUCUUCAGAGGGGGAAACCGCCGUACAGCUACAUCGCACUCAUCUCCAUGGCAAUCGCCAACUCCCCUGACCGCAAGCUGACGCUUGGCGGGAUCUACAGAUUUAUCACAGAGCGGUUCCCCUUCUAUCGAGACAACUCAAAGAAGUGGCAGAACUCCAUCCGCCACAACCUGACAUUAAACGAUUGCUUCAUCAAGAUCCCUCGAGAGCCCGGCCGACCCGGAAAGGGCAACUACUGGGCGCUGGACCCCAACGCGGAGGAUAUGUUUGAGAGCGGCAGCUUUCUGAGGCGCAGGAAGAGGUUCAAACGCUGUGACCUCAGCACCUAUGCUUCGUAUGUCCACGACACACCAGUUUUCUCUCCUGUCCAGAUCGCCAGAUCCACUGGAUACACCAGUUCAGUCUACCCCAACAUGACCGUCAGCCCUGCGUACGGCCAGCAGCUGCCCUCUGCCUACUACCCCUCCUCAUCACCUCCAGGGUUUGCCCACGGUCAGACCCGCAUGUUCAGCAUCAAUAACAUCAUUGGACACCCAACCUCACCCAGCAUGCUGGCGGGUCAAGGCCCAGAGAUGAUGCAGCAGCCCAGCAGGAGCUUCAGUCCAGAGGGUCUGCCUAACGGGUCGUCUCCCUGCAGCCUGGGAACCCCAGGUUUCCAGAGUCAGCCCUGUGGGGGUGCAGUGCCGCCCCGCUCCUCUGCACACCCAGGGUUCACCUACUCUGGGCCAAACAGCCACGCACACCAUCACGCCCAUCAGGGCUCCUACGGACAGGCCCACAGCCAGGGGUACGUAGCAACAGGCCGGAUCCACUCCACAGCUCACGGCUCUGCAGACACAGUAGACCAUUACGGCAGAGUUUCCCCAGUACAGCUCGGCUCUUUCUCCCAGUACAACAGUACGGCGGGUGGUGUCACCAACACUGGGGGAUACCUGAGACACCCAUCGUACCACGGCAACAUGGACCGGUUUGUUUCUGCAAUCUGAGCUGCUGGAAACGUCCCAGUCCAAGCUCGGGCUCAUGGUGUAAAGAUCAUAACUUUAAAAGUGAAAUUUGAGCGCACAAACAGGACAGCACCGAACAGACUGCAAUGAUAAAUGUGAUUUUUUUUUUCUGCUAUUAUUUUAGACCGUGCUUCCAAACUGAUGGGAAGUUCAUCUUUAAGACAUUCUGUACAGGUUUGCUCAAAUGUACCUUUUUUUCCCUUCUUUUCUUGGUCACAAUGUGAAUGGAUAAGUUACAAGCCUAACCUACAUUUUUUUUUUUUUUCAUAUAAAUUAUUGUACUUCAUGGCUACUGGCUUCACACUAAUAAGCUUGUUUGCAGAGGAUUAAUUAGAAAGUUUGCAUGUUCUUUUUUUAAAGAAAAAAAAUUUUUGUUUGCUUUUUGUAAAUAAACGGAUAGAGCACUUUUUCUUCAUGGAAAAAAAA